GCACAAACAAAAUGGUGGAUCUGCUGUCACCAGAAUUUUACACAUGUUGCACUUAUUAGACCCUGGAUAAACUACACCGAUUACACUUGCUACUCGUUUCAUUCACUCUCAGAGAAUAACAUGGCUCACGUUACAGUUGAUUGGAAUCCACUUGGAAAGGUAUUUUAUAGGUAAGUGGUUCUUUUCAGAUCAGACUGUACCUAUUAUUGUUUUGUUAUUCAUUCAAAAUAUUUCCUCCAAGCUGAAGACAUCCUUACCUCUAUGUAAAAUUCCAGUAGUCAAACAUCUGCCUGUUUUUUGCCAGUUCCAGAUUAUGAGGGGAUAUAAUUUUCUUGCUGAUAUUCUUCAAAUGGUAGUUUUCAGUGCCUUUGUGUGUUAUUUCAUUUUGUGUUUGUUUUUGAGGGAGAAGGUCAGGAAAUUUAAUGGGUUAAAGAUAGUUACUUAACUUAGUUAACGAUGAGGAGCUCCAGUAGCUGCUUAGUAGUUAUCUUGGCUUUAGCGUGGCAAUGGCGUGGCAUUGACGUUUGUUUUAUAUUGGUGCGCUUUGGCAAGCUGGCAGUUAUCCUAUGCUCUUUUGUUUUUGCUGGGGUUCAUGUUACUGUACUAAGCCUGUUGUGGGAUAAUUUCCAGUGCCCCCUGUGUCAGUGGUUUUCCAUUGCAAUUUAUGCGUCUGCGUUUGCAAUGAUGUGCUUGUAGUUUUAAAGUGCAUAAUGUUCGGGGCGUUUUGCUCAGUGUUACUCAGUUUUAGUGUUUUUUCCCUCCCUCCUCACCCCUUAUUAUUAUUGUUAGUGUUAUUAUUGUCCUUAUUUCUCCACUGAAAUCUCAGUUCAGUGUGUGGGUGCUUGGGCCGGGGCUGGGUGUGGCUGGCAGGGCUCGUGGCUGGGUUGCAGGUAGGGCAGGCUUUUGGGGUGUUCUUGCUACCUGGGUUAGGGGUUGGUGGCUCCAGCCCGUAAGUUCCUAGGCACCCAACCUCCAAGUGCGACUCAGGCAUUAAUCUACCCAUAACAUGUGAAAUCUUCCACCAUUUACUCUUGGUCUUCAGCACCAAAACAGCCAAACCAUCACUCUGCUUCUUUGCUUGAUUUCUGUGAAUCCUUUUCCAGUUUGGAGGUGUGUGUGACAGAACAGUUAACACCUUGAACUCCAGAUCUGGACGUCCAGGGUUCAAUCCUUGUGUUUCGAAUGGUUUCCUUAGACAAGGAACUUUACACCACUUUGUCUCUCUUCACCCAGGUGUAUAAAUGGAUACCGACAAAAUACUGCUGGGGUAACCCUCCGAUGGACUAUCAUCCCAUCUAGGGGAGAAGGGGGAAUGGCAAGACUCCUAUAGUCAUGCUUCAUGCUAAGGAAGCUGGGAUAAGCUCCAGCCUUUUGGGGCCUUUGGCUUGCACACACCUUUAAUCUUUUUUUUACCUUUUCCAGUCUGAGACUUUACUAUUGGCAUCAGCCUUUAAAUCGAAGCAAACAUCUUUCAAUUUUGGCAAAUAGCCAGCAAGCUCAGGAGAGAAAUACCGGGGCAGCCAUGGAAUUUAAUUAAGCCAAUCAGUCAGGGAUGGAGAAAUAUUUUAAAUGUACACACUGUAGCCAUAAUUGAAUUACAGCAGAAAUUUUCUUUGCAAAAUGUGUUUGUCUUGAACAGGAAAGUAGAGCUGUACAGUAUGGAGUGGCAAGAUGCUGUGGAUUUAUCCCGGUUUAUUGUGAGUGCAGCACCUUUUGGUGGUCCAAUAGGUAAGUUCAUCAGAUUUCUUCUAAGUGUUGUUUGACCAACAGGGUGGUCAGGUUUCAUUUCCCUGCAGUAUCUUAAAGGGACUGGUGCACGAUAAUUAAUGCGCGUGUGUGAGUUCUGACUUUAGCUGAUUGUUUUUAAACCAAUCGCAAGCUUGUUAGAUGCACGCAAGUAAAUUUACAAAAUUCAAAUUCAUUGUUUGCGACACAAGAGUAUUUCCGGGCAUUUGGUUUGAUUUUAUAUAUCCCCAUAAUUCAAGUUUAUUCUUUCCUACUCCUCAGAUAUAUGUUGCAUGUGAUAAGAAUAAGAUUUACAGUGCUGUCCUGCUUUGAAACAAACUUUACCAACGUGUAUUUUUACGAGGUCGUACCCACGCCACUCUAACAAAGCAGUCACCGAUGGGCAAACAAAAUUUUCUAAACAAACAUUUUUUUACUGUUCUCUCAGUUCGCCUUAUAUAAACCCAGAUAUAUCUAUGAAUAGUGCCUGACCAGUGACAAAAACACACAACUUAUGAGUAAAAAACUUAUCCUUAAUUGAGCAUAAAUUUCAAUUGCUUAUCAGCAAAUGAACAAAUUCAUUCGCGUUGCAUCGGGUCAGUGUUCCGCAAACAAAUGUUAUCGAGUAGAACACAUAAAGAAACUAGAUUAUAAACAGAAUAUUCAGACAAUAAUUUAUUUUAAAAUCAUCAAUUCUUAAACAUAUACGAUCGUAAAGCAAAGAUACAAGAAACAGUCAUUUCAAGUGUACCAGAUCGGGAAGAUCGUGCAGCCUGUUGCGGUAUAACUACAGAAAAAAAAUUAAAUCAACUUUGAACGAACUCAUGCCUUUAACCACUUUCCAAAUGUUGUUUAUUCUUUUCGUAAGCCACACACUACUCCUAGAACCAUACCAGAUCGAUCGGCUAAGCUUCUCUAUCUCCAAAGACUCUUGAGAACGUCCUGUUGCCGGACGGCCACGAUGCUCUUCUGAACCUCCAUGAUCAAAACAUUAUUUUUUGCGUCUACUUAAAACGUAACCAGUCAAACAACACAACCACACAUUAAUCACCACUACUGAAGUAUAACUAGGCCAGCCAAAGCGACAGAUGUCGGAAUAAAACGAAGGAUUUUCAAUGAUUGUACCGGUAAUGGCGAUUUUGAAUUUAGUGUUGACCCGACAAAUUUAUUCUGAAGAGGCAAACGGUGCACAUGCGCAUAACCAUGAUCACGUCCCUUCAAGGUAAAUAGGACUCACCAGGGUAAACAUUUAAGAGCCAGAACCACAGAAAUGCAAGUACCGGCAUUAAUUAUUAAUGCCAGUUUCUGUGGUUGUAUGUCUAUAUCAGCAAGAGUCCAUUAUACUGUACCGGAAUUUUGUUUCAGUCAACUGUCUGUACAUGUCAAGGGAUUUGGCUGAAAAAAGUUUAAAGGAAGAAAACAACUCUGAAGAACAUCCUGCUUCUUAUUAUUUUAGAACAGCUAGUGCAUAAAACAUGCAAUUGAUAAAAUAUUAAAAAAUUUCAUUACUUUCAACCUGCAGUCCAGCUGUGUUGUAUGUAGAUGCUUAACUGUCAGUAAUAGUUAAAAAAAUAUAUAAUUGAAGGGCUCCAUGCUAAAUUGCCCCAUGCCCCUGUGGUGUGUUUAAUCACUAAUGCACACCAUUGCUAACUCAUGUACUCGUCUACAUACAUGGGGGGUCAUAUGGCAGCUGCUCAGAAUAGAAGUCACCAAUGCUGCCUAACCCUGACCCCAAACAUUACUGAAGCAAUUGAAAGAAUGAUGUCAUUGUUUUCUGCGACCAAUUAGCAGAGACCUUACGAGCAGCUCCUACACAACUGUACAUGGGGGUGGGGACUGUACACCUAAAUAUUUACAUGUCCUGCAGCCCCCUACAUUGAGAUUUCCCUUUUGGAGGAAUGGUUUGUAUUUGUUGUAUUUAACAUUUUCAGCUCUGAUAAGAGAUGACAAGCAUUUUGCUCGAGUCCAAGGAUCAGCUAUUAAUAAACCCAUCAUUCACAUUUUUUCCUCUGCUGGAAAAGAACUUGCCACAGUUAAGGUAUGUGUCCUUUUUUAAGGUCUACUGCUGCUUGUUGUUUAACCUGGGAACACAGACAAAGAGGAGUGUUGAUCAGGCCGAGCAGGCUACUAGUUGUUUAAUGUUGACAAAUUUUAGCAAUAUUGUUCUUGGCUAGAAGACUAACUGUCAUCAUUUUCUGUUAUUGCAUUUGGAAAAGGGCAGGAACUUGUAUUAUCAUAUGGUUGGUUCUGUGAGCAGGAAAGAUGAAGUAAUAUUCUGACUAGUUACUGAAGCAGGCAGAAUGGAUCUAUCUUAGUCCAUCACUAGUCUGCUUCACAGCCGUUUUUAGUGUUGUCACACAAUGCUCCUACCCACCUCCCUUGUGGGGAGGAGCGUUGCGUGACAACGCUAAAAGCAGCACUGAAGAAGACUAGUCCAUCACUGCAUGGGAACAAGAACAAAAACAAAAACGUUCUGCUUCUGUAGGCUAUUGAUCAAGUGUUCUUUUUUAUUCUUAGUGGGAUGGAGGCCCCAUAGUUCAGAUGGGAUGGUCCGUCACAGAGGACCUACUUUGCGUGGCUGAUGAUGGUACAGUGAUGGUGUAUGACAUUCAUGGCACAAAUUAUCAAGAAAACCUUGUCAAUGGGACAGGUAAGUGUUAAAUCAUUUUGUGUCAUGAAAAGGCUGAAAAAGAAGACAUGAUGCAUGUAUGUUUGUAAAGCACCACAGCUUGACCACUUCUAGUCAACUUGAAGCUCAUCUUAGCCCAUUGAUGCCAUAUCUUAUGUCAGUAAAUUCUUUAACCACCCCAAGUAAAUAAAUUUUGUGACAAAUUAAAUAAUCAUUAAUUUUUCCAUAACUAUAAGCAAAAAAAAUUGUAAUUUAUAAUACAGUAUAUUAACAUCAAAAACAUAAGUCAUAGACUGUUUGCUACUUUAUUAAAAGGGUUGUACAAAAAUAGAGUAUACUCAUACAUAUACUUUUUGUAGCAAAUGCAUAGCCAUUGAAUAAUAUUACCCCUAUGUCGUGUAUGUUUCAGGUCAAAAUUUCAAUUCAGGUUAAAAGCUUUUAGCCUUGGUUGAUUCUCUAUCUCCUUUGUCUCCUAGUCCUAAUUUAUUCGUGAAUUAGCUCUGUGAGACAAAGGAAAUCAAGAAUCAACCAGGGUAUGAUUUUAACCCAUUACAUACAUUGUAUUUAUGUUGUUUUUGCAUGUGGCCUUAUCAAAUACACAGCAACUUCAUAGAUCUGGUGCUUUUAAGUUGGGUACAGCAGACGAAACUGGUAAUUUUUAUCUGCAUUUUUUUGUAGGAUGCCAAGGAAUCCAAAGUAUUUGACUGCAAAACCUAUAAAAAAUGACCAGUCAUGAAUCUUAAGAAACAUAGCUCCAGUUAUUUUAACCUAGUUUAGCCAGUGUUUAACAAAACGGCGUUCUAAGACAUUUUUCAAUUUGCCCAACGGUUUUAUUGGGAAGUGUUUAUGAAAGCAUAUAGAGUAGGCUAAUUAAAGAAAAGCAUGUAUCUUCUUAAAAUAUCGCACUAAGGAAGAGAUUCUGGAGGUCCAUAUAUUCGUUAAACCCCGGCUUAAAUUAAACUUCGUUUUUAUAACCGACCCUGUUAUCGUCAGUAAUACGACCACUUAUAAUCCAGUCCUUUCAAGAUAUCUCUCUGCUCAAGACAUGCUUUUUUGUAGAGUUCCCAUCUGUUUACAACAUCUGCCUUUUCGUUGGCAGUUUCAGGAUUUGAAGAAACGUGUAUCUAGCAGAUAUUCGCACACCGCAACUCAGCAACGGUGGCGAAAACGUCUCUUAAAAAGAGAAUUCGCGUUGCGUGAAACUUCACGGCGAUGAAUCCAACUCGCAUAAUUUGUCAAAUGCAGGGGAGUCCUGGACUUGUCUAGGAGUUGAAUUCUUAGGCCCUGUUUACAUGGAGAUGGGGGACCCCAGAUAGGUGAGGUAACAUGCGGUGGGUCACCCCACCUAUCAUGUAAACGUGUUCAAAUUAAAAUGAGGGAUUAUAAUUAUGGACAGGCAGGUUACCCCACCUAAGCGAAAAAGAGAAAAAUUGAUCAUCGUGUUCACGUUUUCGAUAAAACGUGAAAUUAGGAAAUUUCCCGUCUUGGAAAAAUUUGCCAGAAGCGUGAUGCACGUGCAGAGUUAUUGUUUAACGAAUUUUCGACCGGCUAAAAAAAUUUGUCCGGACACAUUGUUUACCCGCGACCGUUCAAUAUUUUUCGCUUUUCACACGGAACUUUGAACGGCUAUGCGUCUGAAUUUUCGUACGGUUAAGGUGAUGUUAUAGGAGACGAUGCGCCGCAACACAGCGUUGCAAUGUUGGAACAACGUUGCAACCAUUCGAAACAAUAUCGCAACAAUGUUGCAACGCCGUGUUGCGGCUUGCGCGAAAAAUCGUGGUUGCGAAUUCGACUGAACGUUCGCAUUUUCAGCCGGUCAAAAAUUCGCCCGGUGGCCUUUUUGACUUUCUCUUUGCUGUCGCUGUCUGGACAUCGUAAACUUCCUCUUGAGAGCCAAGUGUAAGACAGGUUGCUACUUUUUACCAAUCCUGAAUCAGCCACAGGGCGUAGCAAAGCAGUGGGAGCGGGGAGAAGGAAGCAACCGAAGGGAAAAAAUAGAGAGGUGUCUUGAGAUGUCGCAAUGAAAAUAUUGUACAUCUCUGGCUUUAUCAGUGUCACAACUUUAAAUAUGAAAUAGCGAAGUCUCGAUUGUUUAUAAUGUUGACAAAUUUUUCCCCGAAGUCACACUAGUGAGUAUGCUCGCCGGCUACUGUUGUUGUUGAAUAGUUUUGAUAUUAUUCAAUUUUCAGACUGUUUCAUUCAGCGCUGGGGCCCCGGUCACUUCCAUCAUAGAAAUGGCCAUAUCUUACAAUUAUGAAUACCUAGCAAUGUUUACAGACACUGGUUUGUUAUGGAUAGGAUCAGCAGAUUUACAGGUGGGUAUAACACUGUCACAUUUGUUCAGCCCGCAAAUUUAGCUAUCAGAGGACGAGUUCCAGUAGCUAGCGCCGAGUUGACUCGGAUUCUUAGAAAAUGAGAACGAAUGGCGGUCUAAUUCAACUGGCAGAACUAACUUUGAUUCUUUACCCAGGUUUGAAGAAGGCGUGUAAAAAGGCUUUUGUUUAUACUAGUCGGAUUUGAGGUAUCUUUUCUUGUAACAAAUAAAGACCCGUAUCUGCCUAAGUUCUCCAUGGUGGGAUAUCAUCAUUAAUUUAGUUUAGCCUCUUCUUCCUCGGAAACCUUGCAAACACAAUUAAUAUUUUUCAUGUGAUCGCAAAGUUGAUUUUUAUUGUGUUCAUUUAACUUGCUGACAUCUCCGCAAAGCGAGUAAGCUUAGCAACCCGGACCGCUAGGUCAGGCCCUGAAGAGCUCAACUUAAGUACGCCUGUAUUUUGCAGUUCUUUGAAUUUUGUAGUUAUUGUUGUAUUUCUGUCUUCUUUAGAAAGUCUACUGUGAGUUCAACACGUCUUGUCCAUCAAGACCCAAGCAACUAACCUGGUAAGGAGGGAGCAAUUGUUGUUUCUAGAAUGAAGGCUCUCGUCUUUUAUGGCGAAUUCUCGCCCGGUUGGCCGGGCCAUUCCUUUGAAUUCAAACUAAGAGCCAUCGGUGUUUUUCUUUCUUCCGCCACCCAUCAAGCGACGUGUCGCCGACACGUGUUGCUGCAACUAAUCGCCUGACCUGUACACAGGGAGUAAUCUGUCGCCGACACGUGUUGUAGCAACUAGUCGCCUGACCUGUACACAGGGAGUACUCUGUCGCCGACAAGUGUUGCUGCAACUUGUCUCCUUGUGUGUUCCGAUCUUUACUUAUUUCAACUUGCCUUACAGGUGUGCAAUGGGCGCUGUCAUAUGUUACUGGGACGAUUAUUUGGAUGUUGUUGGACCGACAAUGGACACUAUUAGAUAUCCUUUGAUUAACAAGAUCAUUCUUUAUGAUGAUCAGACUAGGUUUCCAACUAUUUGCGGGGCAAGCUAUCUAACUGCUAGAACAUGCUAGGAUUAAAAAUUGUACUUCUUGUUGUUGUAAAUGUUGGCUUGGCCAAGUUGGUAAUUGUGCUGUCAUGCUGCAAUUGUAUAUUGAUCGUGUUACUUAAAACACCCUUGAUUUGAACUGACAAUUGUUACUACUGUCACAGGACGAAAUAACGUGUUUCCGUAUUUUGUAAACUCGACUGAAAAGUGAAGUUGCUUAAAUCCGUCUCGUUUCCGCCCUACGGAAACAUGGUGAUCUAGUUUUCCAUGGACGGGACGCGUUUCCGUUAUGUUUCCGAGUCGGAAACGAACGAUCAUGUUUCCGCCACAUUUCUUUUAUCACAUUUCCGUUCUUUCUUGUUUCCAUUGCGUUUCCGGUCACGUUUUUUUAAAACCCACGUCCAGGAUCGCAUGAUAAAUGUUUGAGAAAUUUUGCCUUUGCGUACAAUCAAGGUGAAUAAAGGUACCUUUACUCUCGAGAUCGGGCCAUUAAACGGUCAGGCUCAUGCAUUAAAUACUCGUGCGCGUUGCAUUGAUGCAACGACUGUACGGUAGAUACGAGUAGUUUUUUUUCAUUGAGCACGCUAUUGCCAUAUAUUUAACAAUUUUUGCGCGAGAGCGCGUUGGAUAUGAGUGGAAUAAUUGUUUAUUAAAAACGCCCACAAAAUAUCGUGAAUUCUUCCCGACUUUAUUUGUAAGAACAACCGAUUUUCAAUUUUUGGUAUGUGGCUCAUAUACCAUGAUGGCUAAGCCAAUCAGAGCUCUUUAACUGUAUUAUUCAGUGGUUCAGUUUUAAUAAAUAUGCAUAUGCUACGGAUAGCACACUUUCUUAACACAUUUCACAUAUCAGAUGGACAGUGCUGUUCAUUUAGUUCAAGAGUUAGAUGGCGUAAGAAUCAUUGGUAAUGAAACUCAUGAACUGCUUCAGCGAGUUCCAGGUUGGUAAAUAUGAUUACGUUGAUUGCGGGCGGUUUCUCCUCCUGGUGAAACCUCCCUAGCGACGAGGAGCAAGGUGAAACGGCUGUGUUAGCAGACUACAAGUGAAAGGUUUCAAAAUGCUCGCAGAUAAAGCGUCAUAAAGCUAUCGAAAUAGCCAAAAAUAACAAUCCCUGUUGGUGGCUGGGAUGUCCUUGAGAUUUAUUUCUUUUCCACAGACAUUUGAUGCUUUUCCAAAUUACCUUCUAUUAAAACGUGUCGUUACCUGUAGGUGCUUAAAGCGAAAUAAACUCCCGAGACUGUCGACUUAAACCUUUAGCUCAGUCUUGAGUGUGGUCUUGCUGCGGCUCAUGUAUGGUUUUUCAACUUACUCCCCGGAAGCAGAUGGGACUGACUCUACAUUCAGUAUUCCGCCCUCCAAAGAAAAUAGGUACCCUGUUGUUACGAACAAGCAAAAAGUCCUAAACUUUAUUCCAGUGGACUUGUUCAAUCGGUUUACAGUCAAGUCGUCCGAAAUCAGAGCCAUGUCGCCCGAUAUCUUGAGUCAUGUCGCUCAAAAUAAACAGCGAUAUUUGCGUCUUUGUUUAACUUCACCUUUGCAUAGGUUACCGGACACAGUUGAGUCAACAUUUUUUGACUAAAUUCCUUGCAAUAUACUUCAGAUGUUACCUUUGUUCAAGUUUAUACACUCGAUAAAAUUUUAGGCGACAUGACUUAGGAUUUCGGUUGGCAUGACUCUGGUUUCGGCUAAUUAGACUUUCGGGCGACUUGACCGGUUACCGUUCAGCCAGAACCACUUCUUAUCACGAAUGUGAAUACCGUAUUUAUUCGAAUAAGCGCCCAACCUCGAAUUAGCGCCCACCUCGAAUAAGCGCCCAUCCCAAAGGCAGAAAAAGUUAAUAAGCGCCCAGCCUCGAAUAAGCGCCCACCCCACUUCCCUCCCACUCCCAUUCAAACUCAAAUAAGCGACCACCCCCACCCCACGCCCCAAAAAUUGAAUAAGUACUAAUAAGAGACUUCCCCGAAGACGGAGUUUUCUUCAAAGUAUUUUACAGGAACCUUGACUUGUUACAUCUUCGAGUUUUGUUAUUACCAUUUAUUGUUUUGUUGCAAAAUAAACAUAAUACACAUGCUGAGAAUGGAGAAAAUUUAAUAAGCGCCCAGCCUCGAACAAGCGCCCACCUCGAAUAAGCGCCCACUCUCAAAGUCCAAAAAUUUAAUAAGCGCCCAGGGCGGUUAAUCGAAUAAAUACGGUAAUUAUGUCCGACACUAGAGCAACUAUUUUUUUUUUUAUCUUUCAGCUGCUAAGGAACAAGUGUUUAAAAUCGGUUCAAUGGAACCAGGUGCGAUGCUGUUUGAUGCAUCAAAGGAAUUUGAGGUAAGCAGUGCUUCACUCUCUCUGGGAAAAAGUUGUCUCGGGUAAAAGGCUCAGCCGCCUACCCAAGCCAGUGGCGGAUCUAGGGGAGGGGUCAAGGGGGCUCGCCCCCACCCCCUUUAUUGUUAGACCACCACUGCGAGCCACCCUGGGCGAGCCUGUUGUUGGGUGACCUGUUUUCCUUGGUAAGGUCACCAUCCUAGCUGAGCCAACUUUUUCCAUAUAAUAAAAAAUAAUCAAAAGCUCAAUAGGGCUUUACAGAAUUCAUAAGAAAGAACAAUGACGAAUGAAGAAAAACAUAGAAUGAUAAUAAAAAGAAUACCUGACGAACAACGUUAAAGUUUCAACUUAAAGAUUCUAAACUACACUAAAAACUAAAUCCCUAAAAAUUAAGCUGUCGUUAUGAUUCUUUCGUGUAUAUUCCUGUAAACAGAAAAAGAGCGCCCGAGCAGAGGAGUACAUUCGGAUGAUCAAAGAACGUCUUCCUGAGGCUGUCCAGCAAUGUAUCCACGCCGCUGCCGGGGAACAUGAGCCUGCAAUACAAAGAGGACUGCUGAGGGUGAGUAUAGUUUCGGAGGUAGUCAUGGUAACCACAUGAUCCUUACGUUCAGUUGCUACGUUUCGAUUUUCACAGCAACCCGCCCCCAGGGGGUGGGGGAGUUGCUGACAAGUUUAAGGUUUCUUACACAGUGGUUGGUGUUCUGUAAACUGCUAGAUAAAUUUACCAUUGUUUGAAAAAUACAUUAUCUGUCUUCCGUGGCAAAAUCACCACCUCCUACUAAAACCGUUUUGGUUAAUCUGCUGAAGUUCCUUCAAAUUCGCUUGGGCAUAAAUCGUUGAACGUGAUACCGUGAAAAGAAAAUCUGUACUCAAUAUAUCUGAGUAAUUUGAAUUGAAAGCGAAGGAGCGCAAAUAGUUCGUCCAUUAUGUUUCUAUUUGAGGAGUGUAGUAAGAGACAUAAAGGACUUCAUUAAUGCUUUCGACGACGGCGUCAUUCAGUGAUUUUUCAGUUAUACAGGAUGAAUUGAAAGUAUAGCAAAUCUCAGCGAGUGGUCAACAUUCGCCGAUAACACUGCUCUGUUACCAUCUACCAAGCGAAGUUUGUAACGUCGCUUGGUCAGAGAUUUUAGGCGGGAAAUAGUUCUCGUGUAACAUGUCAUGUGUCCUCGUAGUAACCAAUAAGAGCGCUCCGGCGGUCGAUGUUGGGGAAAAUUCCACCUAACGUAUAACCGAUUUUUUUUUUUUUACUAAUCUCAGCUGUAAUCUUUUCUUCUCUUUGCUAGGCUGCUUCCUUUGGUGAGAGUUUUCUAACUGAUAUGCCGCCACACGCGUUUGUUUCGAUGUGCCGGAAUCUUAGAGUGUUAAACGCCGUGCGGGACUACAUGGUUGGAAUUCCAGUUACAUAUGGACAAUAUCCUUUAUCUUAAUUCAAGAGUGAACCAAAUGUCAGUUGUUGCAAAAGCCUCGUCUCACAGGUUACGUUUUGCCUAAUUGCAGCGUGUGUUGCAGCAAGUGUACACUAUGCUAGCCUCCGUAGCAACACGAAAAUUUUUUUUUAUUUUUCGGGUUAAUUUGCAAUUGCUUAAAUUGGAAUUUCCGCUGCGACGAUCAUAUCUUCAUUGAAACUUGCAUUUCCGCAGUUCACAUCAUCUUCAAGUAAGUUAUCAUUGCUCUAGUCCCAACACUUUCGACGAACUUGCGCGGAAACGUUUUCUUGUUAGUCUAACACUAUGCCAGUUAGCUCUUGCGUCGGGACAGAAACCAUAUCGGAGAGUGUUUCUGUCCACACAAGAGAACGGUGAUUUCGGUGUGAUUUAUGUAACGGGGCAAAACUGCGGGGUUUAAAUAACUUUUUUUUUUUUUUACAGGGAACGAACGAGAUAUGUUCCUUUUUCUCUUUUUUGAAAAGGGAUAUGAUAAAAGUACGUUAACACAGUUUUCAAUUUUGUGGCUCUUAAUAAGUUCUUAAACUGGGCUCCAUUUUGCUUUUUUGUCCUCUGAGAGUACUCUGGUUAUUUUAAAAAAUUAUCCAAUUUUGACGCCUUGACGAUCGUCUUAGACUGGAAAAAGUAACAAUGAAGACCCUUAUCAACAGGUGAGUUUUGUUUUUGUCAUGCUGUUUGUUAUCUUUUUAAAAAAGGUAAAACGUGCAAUGCUUAAGCAUUUUUUGAGGGGGAGGGGGCGGUAAAAAAGGUGUAUUGCAUAUACAGUCGAACCCCGCUAUUUCGAAGUCCCAAGGGAAAUGAAAAAAAGUUCGAAAUAGCGGGGCUUCGAAAUAACCGGGGAAGCGUAAAGGGGAAAGGUAAAUCCAAGGGCAUUCGAUCUUUCUUCGAAAUAGCGGGGACUUCGAAUUAACCGAGUUCGAAAUAGCGAGGUUCGACUGUAGCUGGAAAUUUUUUCAUAACAGUGCGCGCUCUCAUUGGUUUCUCCGAGGUCACAUGACCGUUACAGCGAGGGAAGCGAGGUUUAAUGAAUUUCCAGCUAUAUAGCCUCGGGAAACAUUGAGAUUCUCGGAAAACAAAUUUAACUGUUUCCCUCGAGACCAGUCAUUAAGUGUUUAAGUGUUUAUUGCACUAUGAAACGUUCAAUAAGUUCCGAGCUUCAGGUGAGAAUCAAACUUACGACCUUUCGAGUUCAAGAUCAGGACGCUCUCCCCACUGAGCUGCUGGGAGCUCUAUAGUGUGGAGGGUCGAAAUUUUUAUUGAUUAUACACCAGACCCGCUAUAGUACAUAGUACGAAAUAGUACUUUUAAGAAAGAAAUAGCAAAAUGAAUAUGGUGUAUGUCCGAUAACCUUUCUCUUUUGCCUGACUAAAAUGGUAACGUGGUUGGACUUAAGUCAUUUCUAAAUAUCAAAAUUAUUUAUAUUCCUAGUGAAUAUAAAACAAGUUGAAGCAAAGUUUUUGUUUUUUUACUUGCCUACUUUCCGUGUCUAAACCGUGUUUACUACAUUGAUUUUUCCACCAACAGACCUGGAGAUGGAAUUAUUUCCCUUAAGUUUAUUUUAUUACCGUUUAUUUUCUGCUCAUGUAGGCUUGUUUUGAGACGUCACUACUGUCUGUCCAUAAGAAUCUGUGAUUACUGGAAGAUUCCUAAGGGGGAGGGUGCCAGUGGCAUCCUUGGACACUUGGCUUGUUAUAAAGUGAGUGUAACCAGCGGAUACUGGUUGGCUGUUACCUAUAGAGUGUUUUCACUCACAUGACCAGCAUCUAUGCAAAUUUAUCGAAACAAAAGAAAGCGUUUGCAUAAGAAAAGAGUUCAACUCCCAGAGGACUGGUUUGGGACACCAACAUGGCCGCCGUUUCAUUGUUUUGGGACACCAAUAUGGCCGCCGUGACGUCAUGUGAAAACACUCCAUAUGUAAGCAGGGGUCUUCCCGCAAUCAGCUUAUGGCUGGUAAUUAAUAAAAUUGGUAAUGGUGAAUUAUAGUUGUGGCAGUAGACAUGACUGGAGUUGGGUGUCCGGUGGUUGUUUCAUGUGCUGAAUUUGGCUCAUUUCUCUUCGUGUUUGUGUAUUUAUCAAAGAUCACAAAAUCAACCUAUGAAAAGAUCUAGAUCAAUUAGACUGGAUUGUACGCGGUGAAGACAGCGUGGCCAGGCGCCCAUCGCGUUGUUUUCGCAAUCCGCCCGUCCCGGGUUGGAGUCCCACUAUAGCCACUUGCUAAAAUUAUUCGCGGUACGGUAUUUCCAAGUUCAGAUACCCAGUCAUGCUUGUAAAUAACCAACUGGUUGCCUCCUGCCAGUUGGGGUUUUUAAUCCUGUUGUGUUCUAUUUCCUCAAUAAAUAAACAGUUGGACUUUCACAUGGCUGGGAUGAUCACAUUGAAAUUAACUUCUCCGCCCUAGUAGAAUACAAUAGUGUCCGUAAAUAGUUUUUCUUGUGUUGAAUAUGUUGACAUCUCUUUCGAUCCUACACCUCUUCAAAACUUGCUUUUCUUGUUUAAACAGGUUCAGCAAGCCAAUGUUGAUGACGAAGAGAUUGCUCGUGCCAUCAACUCCAAGCUCGGAGAGACUCCUGGGAUAUCGUACUCAGAAAUAGCUUCAAAGGCAGUGGACUGUGGACGAACUCACCUGGCCAUCACGGUUAGUUGAGAGCGUUCACAUGUGAACAGUUUUAUUAUAGAUUACGUUCCAAGCACAAUUUGAGGCAUAAAGCGGUGUCCUCCGUUAGUAUUUCCUUGCUAAAUGCACUGAGGCUUAAAAUAACGGGGGUUGGUACAGAAUGGGAUUUUUUUACCUGCGAGAUUGCUUUUACUGUAGGUAAUCAAGAAUUUUUUUUUUCAGUAUCCGGAGUAUGAGGACCGCGCUUUGUUACAAGUUCGGCGGUCCGCUUUAUUAUCAGCAACACCACUAUGGUGAAAUAUUAGUCAAUUGUUAAAGGACUCAUGUCGAGAAACAAAACGUACGGCUGCAGAGAAGACCAAUGGAGGAAUGGAAUAUGGAGAGGUUUAACAAAUGAGUUGAUAAAUUAAAUACAAACAAGUUUCAUGCUCUAGCCCUUCGUCAGAGCGAAGAAGGGAUAGCACUCGAAAUGUUGCUUCUAUAUGGCUCCGAGGCUUUCUGGUCAUUUUUUCCUUAUUGGGUUUGUUUUUUUUUUUUUGUGCUUAAUUCUCUUUUGGGAAUUUCGAGACAAUUGAGUCGUGAAAAAUUUUCAAUUUUGACUCUAAAGCCUUGGAGUCAUGUUAGAAUUUUAAUAUAUCGAACGUGGGCCAUUGAUCAAUAUAACUUCUUAACUUUCACCAUUGUUCUUUCCAGGGGUUACCAACAUGCUCGUCUCAUAAGACGUCAACAAAACCUUGAACGGACCGGGUCAGAUCAGACCUGUAACUUACUGGAUAACGAAAGAUAAGGGAUAGUGCCUCUGGGAAUGAUCUGAUCCGGUUCUGCGUCCAGGUUUUGCCUACAGCCUUUCUCGUGGCUUCGCCGCUUGUGCCUCCACGAGGAGACCUGCCUACAGCCUGGCUUAAAGCCAGCCUUGACCUCUAGCUGGAGCAAUCUCACCAUAGUAAGUUCGUCGUUUUACAAUCGGUAAACGAGCCUAUCAUAGCCAUGCCAUGAUAGCCUGUUCAAAGUCCGUCGAGCGCGGGUGAUGAAAUAUAAGCCGCAGGGGAUUAUAUUUGAAAUGAACGAAAAGAACAAUAAAACAACGUCUGUGUACAGGCUAUGCCAUGAUGCAUAAUGUAUCUUUUAAGAUACUCACAUCUUCGUGGUCUGGUUUUUUACCUGUAGCUGUUGGACUAUGAAGCAAAAGCCGCUGACCAAGUUCCACUGCUCAUGCGCAUGAAUAAAGAUGACCUAGCGCUCGAGAAGGCCAUUAUGAGUGGAGACACGGAUCUGGGUGAGUUAUAAGUGGGUACCACUGCAGAGAACUACAGCUAACUUUAAGUAUAGUGGAUGGGAACAAUUUUUGAAGCCCGUUUUUGUUUCGUCGUACCCGCAAGAGCCGACUUAUAGAAAGAUCUAUCGUAAUGUUGAAAUUGUACCAAAGGUUCCAAAAAUUUAGAAUAAACUCUUUCUCAGCUUAAAAGUUGGCGUUACACCAGCGGCGUUACAAGCUGAGACAGAGUUUCAAACCUUAAAACAUUUUUGAGAUUGUUUUGUUGCUCAUUAUUUGGAUCUUCCCUCGCCGUUGACACAAUUUCAAGUAUAUUUCAACCAUCUUGAUCCUUACAUGCUCUCCUCCAAUGGUAACAGCUUUCUCUGGUCAGGUGAUCAAAAUUGAUGGAUCCGAACUGCCGUUUUCCAAAACCCGCCUACUUGAUUUUCCCCUGUAUCUAGAUGACAUUUCAUUUGUGUUGUCUUUUUUUUCUUUCUAGUGUAUAUGGUUGUUAUGCAUUUGAAGGAUAAUCUAACUCUUGGUGAGUUCUUGAUGGCCAUACGUUACCAUCCUGUGGCACUCAGCCUCUACAUCAAGGUAAGUCGAUGAAAAAAAGUUGUGUAAAUGAGUGCGUAUUUGUUCAAGGCUUCAACCAAGAGAAAAUCCGCCAUUAUUUGCCAGGAGACAUUUUUUCCUUUAUCUGUUCAUUCUUUAAGGCCAUAAAAAUGACGUUAAAAUGUUUAAAACUUAAGUGGAGGGGUGAGAGGUUUUACGGUAAAGUUUGGAGCAUUUUUAAUCUCAUUUCUUUGGAAUGUCGGAGUUGCGGCAGUGAAAAAUGGCUACGUUUCUAUUUGUUUUUUUCAAGGUCCCGGAGAAUCGCACUCAAGAAACAGAGAAGAGAAGAACCUUCAGUUCUGUUUCUCUUCUCUGUACUGUCAUAAGCAAAAGUUCUCGACCAAUCGGGGCGCGUAAAUCGCUCGGUUAUUGUAAUCGUUAGACUUUGUGACAGGCGGCUUAAGAGGUAUUGAAAAAAGUGAAAAGGGAGGGGUAAAGGGAAGAGAAAAAAAAAGAAACCUUUUUUCAUUUUUGCUUCUUUUCCCUUCACUCCCCUCCCCCUCUUCUCUCGUUUUUGCACCUGUUACGCAAACUACCACGCAGGCUAUUGUGAAACCUAUAUAUUCACUUUGGCAAGACUGUGAUUUGUCUGCAGUACUGCAAGGAUCAGGAUCGCCGUACACUUGUGGACCUGUUCUACCAGGAUGACCAGUUUAUGAACAGUGGUAAUGCCUUUGUGCAGGACAGCUACAGUGAGAAGGUAUCACAUAAAGUAGCUUGCAUGCUAUCUUGCUUAGGAGGGGAUCUGGUCGAAUGUUGUUUUAUUAUUUUAUUUCUUUAA